AUGGAUCCUGAAAAACGUUUUACAUGUGCACAAUUAUUACAACAUCCGUAUUUUGAUGGAUUUAGUAACGAAUUUGAACGUGAAAAAAAAGAACAACAAAAACAUUUACAUCGUGAACAACAAAAACUUAUUCAACAACAACCAAAAUUACAAAAUUCAGUGUAUUCUCAAAGUAAACAACAGGCUCAAGGCAAAAUCUUACCAAGUCUCACUGGCAUUACAGGUACCCAAUUUGCAUCAGUACAUGGUCCACAAGAUUUUUUAUCUCAAACUCGUCCAAGUCGUUUAGAAAUAUAUUUGGAUCAUGAUCCACGUUUAAAUAUUAAACCACGUUUUGGUCAAACAAAUACAAACGAUUCUGAUAAUAUGAAACCAUCACCACAAUCAAAUAAUCAUAAAAGACUGGCAUACGGUGAUAAUUUUACACAUUUUCCAAAUAUAUAA